AUGACGCGUGCGCAACAGACCAUCUCCGUCGGCCUCUUGGUCACCUCUCUCUAUCUCGCCUUGUACCUGAACCUCGUCCCUCUCCCUGAACUAGUGCAGACCGAGAUCGUCCCUGUCCUCCCCUUCUGGGCCCUUGUCUCCUUCGGCGCAUACUUGCUCUUCCGCCUCGGUUGGAACGUUAUGACCUUCCACGAUGUCCCCGAGGCCCACAAAGAACUUACGGCUGAAAUCGAGUUGGCCAAGACCGAUCUCCGACGUCUAGGUGUUGAGGUGGAUUAA